AUGUCAGACAGAGGUUAUUGGGGUCCACCACCACGUGGACGUAGGUCGGAUAGUGGUCGUGGAGGUCCUCGGCGUGGAGGCAGACCUAGUGGGAAUGGUUAUGGUGAUGACCGACAAUUUUACGACGGACCACCUCCAAGUGCUCAGCGUGGAAGGGGCUGGGGUGGACCGCCACCACCCCCAACAAGAGGAUAUGCCCCACCAAACAGAGGUCCUUAUGUUGUUCAACCGCCCCACCAGCCGAGGUAUUCACAGUCUGCAGAAUACCCAAUUCAACGUAUCCCAUCAACAGUUCGGUCACAUCGCCAUUCGGAAGCUGUUUUUCGAAAGCCCAUAGAAAGAACACAUUUGCCUCCAUCCAGUUCCGAAUGGACGUCACAUCCUCCCUCGGAACAAGGUGAUGUUCCAUCGUCAUCAGAAAGCGAGGUUUCAUCUGAGGUUGCUCGUCAAAAGAAGAGUCACCCAAAAGUGAGACCAGUGUGUGAUCUGUCUGAUGCCGUUUCAAAAUUAGGCAUUCAGGGAAUUGUCAGGAUUCCUGCUAGGCCAGACGAAGGAGGCAAAAGUGGGAAGCGGGUUACAGUUACUUCGAACUGUUGGGAUGUCAGUUUUCAUCACAAAACUGUGUACAUGUACUUUUUGGAGGCGAAUUCGGUUUGUCGGAUUGAUGCGAAAGAAGGUCAGAAGACUGAAGUACGGAUGCCUCCGAAGGAGCUGCGCUCACUUAUCCAGCAGGUAGCCGACUCUUUACCAGACACCAUCAUUUACGAUGGUGGGCACGCGAUAUACUCUGAAGAUCCUCUGCCGGGUAUUACAACAGACCCCGUGGAGAAGGAGAUUGAAAUUAAAGACCCGCUUGGGCGUGAUCGUCUUCUUCUGAAAUAUCGCAUAAUGGAAGUGCAGAAAGUGUCCACAUCGGAUGUUGAUCAUUUCAUCAGAAGUCCGAAAGCAACAUCGUUGAACAUGCCUCAGGAGUCGAUUGGAUUGUUGGAUUGCAUCUUGAAGAAUGUUUCGAAACAGUCGUUUGUAUCGCUUGGACGGGCAGCGCUAUUUUACGAGCGACCGAUCAAAAUAGUUGCGGAUAAACUGUUCACCAUUCACAAGGGCUUUAUCAGUAGUGUUCGACCGCAGUGGAAAGUCCGUGUGAAUAUAGACAUGACUUGCAAAGCAUUUUUUACGUCUGGAAACCUAGCGGAUGUGAUGUUUGAGAAGUAUGGGGACAACAUGGUGAGGUGUAGUUCUCAGAUGGCGUAUGAUCUGAGGAGAAUACGAGUUGAGACGGACAAGUUUUACAAAAGCGAUAGUGGGAAUGCGUACUCCCGACGCUUCACCAUACACGGGAUAUCGUCAGAACCAGCGAAUCGUCUGAUUAUUGAGAAUGUGAAACAGUCUGUAGCCGAGUAUUUCGAGCAACAUCAUCAUAUCACUCUGAAGUAUCCAGAGCUUCCGUGUGUGAAAGUUGAUCAAAAGCGUGAGGUUUAUAUGCCAAUGGAGUUGCUGAACAUCUUACCGUACCAGGCACCUAAUGCGAGUAAAGCUGAUGUGGCGAGUGAGGUGAUCCGGUGUGCAGCAGUUCGACCACAAGAACGCUUCCAAGAACUUCAGACAUUUGCUAACAAUAUGUUGAAGUCACACCCCUGA